AUGGCUUCCCGCCGCCCCCUUUCUGAAGAAUUCGUAGAUGCUUUGAACCAAGUUGUGUCUUACCAGAUGCACAUCUCCCAUGUGUAUUUAGGAAUGGCCUACAGUUUCACGGAAAAAAGGAACAAGCCUCCUUUUGCCAAGUUCUUUGAAAACCAGGCUAAUAUGAGGAGGGACCAUGCAGAUCAAUUCCUAAGAUAUCUGUGGAAGCGUGAGGGUAAGAUCCGCCCUCAAAGCCAUGAGAGGCCUGACAUGAAGGAGAUAACCACUCCUAUAAUAGCCCUAAAACUGGCGCAGGAGAUGGAAAACACAUUAACCACGAUGCUGCUACACAUAAACAAAGCUGAUGAAUGCCAAGAAGAGGAGCUGUUAAACAUUUUGAAACCGUUCAUGCAAAAACAAAAAAGGAAUGAAGAUUACCUGAAAUGUCAACUUAAUUAUCAGGAAAGAGAAGAAAAGAAGAAGCAAAGCAACGCACAUGCUGAGGACCAACCUUUUACCACAUCAGGUGGGAAGGUUUUACGUCGGAGGGUAAAGAAGCCAGUUGGAGAUCAUAAAGUCAGUGAGGUGAUGUAAGAGCCUCCAUUGCUUCCAACUGCUAAAGACUGCUUCCUUUUCCG